AACGCGGCUCUCCAGAGCUUUUCACCGUGUCCAAGGAUAAGUCCAUCCACAUCCUGACAGCGGAGGAGGGACGGCUGGAAACGCGCUUCCCCAAGGCCCACGAGUCGGCCCUCAACUGCGUGCUGCCCAUCGACAACCACGUCUUUGCCACGGGUGACGAAGGCGGGGCAGUGAAGGUGUGGGACCUGCGCAAGGGCAGCGCCAUCCUGGAGGCACGGCAGCAGGAGGAAUACAUCAGUGCCAUGACUGUGGAUGGCAACGGGAAGAUCCUACUGACAGCCAGUGGUGAUGGCACCCUGGGCGUCUUCAACGUGAAGAGACGGCGCUUUGAGCUGCUCUCGGAGCCGCAGAACGGGGACCUGACGUCUGUGGUGCUGAUGAAGAGGGGGAGGAAGGUGGCGUGUGGCUCCAGUGAAGGCACCAUCUACCUCUUCAACUGGGACGGCUUCGGGGCCGCCAGCGACCGCUUUGCGCUCAGGGCAGAGACCAUUGACUGCAUGGUGCCCAUCACAGACAGCAUCGUGUGCGUGGGGUCCCUAGAUGGAGUCAUCAGGUCAGGGGAGCGCCGUGGGGAGGGAUGGGGAGCUGUGGGAUGGGGUGAGGGGGAGUGGAGAGGGAUGGAAGGACAUGGGAUCAGGAAGGAUUGUGGGGGGUGAGAUCGGAUAGGGAGGGGAGGGUGGUGGGGUAGAAAGG